AUGACUUGUGAUCCGCCUCCAAAUUCAGUUAGCUCCCUAUUAACUCCUUGGUGUUCAAGUAUAAUAUUCAUAAUAUCAAAGAUUGCGAAGCGGCAGUGAUGAAGAUUACAUUAUCAGAUGAUCUGACAGCAAUAAUUGCAUAAUUUGAUUUCCCCUUAAGUCCUAAUUUCUUUUCUACGUCAACUUAGUUUGAUAACAACGUUUGCUUUAACAUCCUAAACUAAACAACUCUUUCAAAAUUAGGAAUAAAUCCAAUGUGUAUAAUAGAUCCAGAUAAUGAAAAAUAGUUAAUUUUGAAUCUAGGUCGAAAUCCCACUAUUAUUCCAGGAGAUUUAAUUGAAUUUCUGCCAAGUUCAUUCGGUCACAAAAAUUGUAAUAGCAAGCUGUUUUACUUCUUUUUAAAUAAACUUCAAAAACCUUCGAAUCCAUUAGCUCCUGUUAUCAAAUAUGAUGUAUCAUCAUCAAGCUUAUUUAAAUUUUACCUGCGUAUCUUUUUAAUCCUUGUGAUGAGAACAUUAUCUUAAUGGAAUAAAAACUCUAUGAUGGCUUAAGAAGUUUUAUCUCCUUAUCGUGGUCUUAUAUUGUGUAGGGGUAAAACGGAAAUGGGGAUAUUGCUAAUUUCGUAACUGAAUUAACAAAUUUACAAUUAUUGGAUCUAACAAUCCCAGAGAAAACAUUACCAAUCUAAUCUAAUGUUACCUUAUUUGUGGAAGUUCAAAACUUUGUUUAAAAAAAAAAUGUUUUCCAAAUAUUUAUUUAAAUACAUGCAGGAUAAUUCCCUAGUGUUUUUUCGAAGUUUAAACUGUAAUAUUAUCCUUUUGAAUCUAUAAAUUUGGCUUUCACUUUAGUUUCUAAAAGUUGCAUAGAAAAUUCAAAAAUAUCAAAUGAUAAUUCUCAAUAUUAAAUUAAUUUUAUGAAAUAGAGAGAAAUAAUUCAAAAUCUAGACCUUCUAACAUUAAUUCUACUAAAUCAAUUAAUUCCAACUUAGUGGAAUUUAAUAUUCAAAGCUACUCUUUAAGUGCUUGGACAGCUUAUAUAUUUCAGUUAACUAUUUCAGAUUCUUCAAUUUAAUAUUAUUCUUAACAAAAUGUAACUGUUUAGAUUAAGUCAGCCGGAAUUCUCUGCCAAUUUAAUGGAACAAAGAAAUUGCAAAAAUAUACAGAUGAUACAAAUAUUUUUAUCUUAUGCAAAGAUCUUGAUGUUUAAUAUAAUUGGAAUGAAGAUCCAUAAUUGUCAACAUUCGUUAGUUGUUUAGAUCUAACAUCACAAGAAGAAUGUAAGGAUUCUAAAUAGAAAAAAUUAAAAUUAAUACUACUUCAUCAAAUUAGUUUUUUCCUAAAGCUACCUUUUAGCCAUUCACAAUUUAGGAGUGGAUUGUAAUAGCUACAAAAAAUUCAUAAUCAUACACUUAUAAAAUCAUUAUUGUAGAUUUAGAAUAUGAUUUCAAAAUCCUAGACAUCGAUUAUAAUAGUGGAUAUUUGGUAAGGCCUGUUAAUAAUUAUGAAGAUUUACAAUUUACAUUUAAUAUACCUUUUCAGAAUAGACAAUACCUUCUAGAUUAUUAAAUAGCAAUAAUUUAUGAUUAUUAAUUAAUUUCAAUACUUAGACCCCAAUACUACAAAUAUUCCUUUUAAUUAUAUGAUCAUUAUUAGUAAUUUAAUAAAGGAAAUAAAUUUAACCUAUACAUAAAUGUUGCGGAAAUUCUAAGAAGGUUUAUUGUUCAAGGAGCUCCAACUUUAUUCUAAGAAUGUACAGCAUUACUUUUAGAUAAGUAGAUUAUUUGAUAACAGAAUAAACACAAACUAUAAGUUGCCGAUUUACUUAAGAAAAGUUUGCAACACGCAGUUCUAUGCACAAGAUUGAUUUUGAGUCUCCUCUAUAAGCAAUAUUUACUGCUAGGAAGCAUUAUCAUCUUAACAAAUAUAUUGGCUAACAUCAGAAAACAAUAAUGCAAUCUAAAAAAUUAACAAUGAAUAUUACUCCUUUUAAAUUUAUUUUAUUUGUUAAACACAAAUUAAUACAAAAUUUAAAACAUCUUGCAACUGAUUUUAAAUCAGAAAUACUAUAAGAAGUAUUUAAUUAGCUAGGUUAAAAAUAAGAUGCAUUCGUUUAUAUUGAUUGUAUUGUUUAAAAAAAAUUUAUGAUUAAAAAAGAGAAUUCUUUCCCUAAGCACCAUAAAUUUACAGAUUAUAAUUAUACAAAUUUGACUUCAUUUGUUUUAAAUUUAUGGAUAAAUAAGGUUUGUUUUGAAGAAAUUACGACUUUUAAUGUUGGAAAAACUUAAUCUUGA